GUGCUGUGGGUCUUCUGCUACUUUUAGGAAGCAGGGGAGCUGGAGUAUUGUUCAUGGGGCAGUUAUUCGACAGUUGUUCUGUCGUGACAUGAGCGAUUGCAAGAAACGACAGUCAGCGAGAGCACGAAAGCAAAGGAGUUGCACAAAGAUGGAAGACUGUUUGAUAGAAGACCAGACGUCCUUUUACUCAAAGGCAGAGCACUACUGGAAGGACGUCCCGCCCACUGUGGAUGGAAUGCUGGGAGGUUAUGGCAGCAUCUCCAGCAUUGACAUUAAUGGCUCCAAAAAGUUUCUUCAGAAAUUCCUUGGGGAAGGCCAGGGCAAGACUGGCACAGGCUGUGCUUUGGACUGUGGUGCUGGGAUUGGCCGGAUAACCAAGCGGCUUCUCCUGCCACUCUUUCGUACAGUAGAUCUAGUAGACGUGACUCAGGAAUUCCUGGAUAAAGCUCGUACAUACCUGGGUGAGGAAAGCAAACGGGUGGAGAACUACUUCUGCUGUGGCUUGCAAGACUUUCAGCCCCAGCCAGAGCGAUACGAUGUCAUAUGGAUCCAGUGGGUGAUUGGUCACUUGACCGACGAUCACCUAGUGGAGUUCCUGAGGCGCUGCCGGAGCGGUCUGCGUCCUGAAGGCCUGAUCGUGGUGAAGGAUAACGUUGCAUAUGAGGGUGUUAUCCCCGAUGACGUAGACAGCAGCGUCUGCCGGGACCUGAAUGUGCUGCACCGUCUAGUAGCCAGAGCUGGACUCAGCAUCAUCUAUGAGGAGCAGCAGCAGAACUUCCCUGAGGAGAUCUAUCAGGUCCACGCACUUGCACUCAGAUAGCUGAAGCCAUUUGACAAGUACUUUAAUCAUCCGUCUGUAUCGAAAUCAAUUACGAAAAAAGGAAACUAGGAUCAAUGAUAGCCACACAGGAGCUACUUGUUACUGUCGUUGUGAUCAUUUUUGUGAAGGCGCAAGACUUGAAAAUGGGUUUAGGUAUGGGGAGUCUGAAAGGUUCUUAUUGACCUCUAAAGGUUGUAUUAUGACAGCUAGAGCUGAGCUUGUGGUUGUCAUCAAUAUGAAUGCAGAAAUUGUGACUGUUAGCUUUUCUGAGAACUGAACAGCUUACACUCCAGCUGAUCCCUGGUUUGAAGUCUUCUGUUAGACUCAGCAGAGUUUCAUCACAGUGGAAGAUAAAAACAAUCAGGACACAUGUAAACUGCACACACACUGCUUUAUUUUUAGCAGUGGAUAUGAUGAGAACUUAAAGGGAUAGUUCAUCCAAAAAUGAUUCAUUUUUUUUCACGAUCAUGUCUGACUUCUGAUGAAAAUAAUACUUGAGAAAUAUCAUACCAUCAAACUUAAUGGGCAGUAUGUCUGCUACCAACAUUAUUAAAGGAACGCUCAGUUUAAAAAUAAUUAGUUGAGUUUUACCCUUUCUUUAAUCCAUUCAGCCGAUCUCUGAGUCUGGCAGGAGCUUUUUUAGCUCAGCUUAGAUCAUUGAAUCAGAUUAGACCGUUUGAGCUUCUCACUCAAAUUUCAAAAAAGCAUUUGGAUAAUUUUCCUAUUUAAAGCUUGCCUCUUCUGAAGUUCCAGCAUGUACUUAGACUGGCAGAAAAUGAGAAGUUGCUGCUCUUUUGGUCAAUGUGGCUAGGAAUUAUACACUCAUUCUGGCGUAAUAAUCAAGAAACUUUGCUGCCGUACCAUGACUCCAGCUGGUGGAUUUGAUAUUUUGCUAUUUCUAUUAUCAUAUUUCUAUUUUCAGACACUCCAGAUUCAAACAUGGUAAAACUCAACUGUUUAACUGUAGAAAUGAGCCUGUAAACGUAUUCCUUUGAAAAUUACUAAAUGAUAAAAGUUAGAAAAAUUGUGAUGAGUAAAUUAUCUUGAGGUAAACUAUCCCUUUUACAUCUGAUUAUUGGAGUUUAAGCAUGUCUGUUGCACUGAAUGCUGUGUGUAAAAACCUUAUAAUAACUUAUGAGAACUUGAAUGUUUUUAGUAUGUGUGAAUUUACAGCUGUUGACAACUCUCAAGUGAACCACAUAUUGUAUUUUGUCUUGAAUAAACCAACAUUUUGAAGCAA